AUGGGCAGCGGGCGCAGCGUGACCAGGUGUGCCUUCCGGACUCUGUGGAGGCGAGGAACGCAGCGAGCGCCGCCGCGCAGGCCGUCGUCAGCUCGCCCUGAGGCUGCUGCUGGGCCCUCUACUCUCUGCGGUGUGCCCUGCUGCAGGCAGACGUCUCCCUGCGCCGCUGGAAAUUCUCCCGACGGUGCUGCUCCAUGUCCAGUCGAGAAACAUGUGAAGUCAGCCGCGAGAGCAGAUGCCUUCAUCGGCGACGCGACGCGUGCGUCAUCACGAUUUGUCCCAGCUCCUUGUGGCGCACAGCGUCUUUUUGAUUCGCUCCUCCCCUCGGAGCCCUCUCGAUACGGCGCAGCCAGCACCCGCUUGCUGUCCACAGCAGCGGCCCUCUGCGCGUCGUCCUCGCUUGCGGUUUUUCGGGCGCCGCCCAAGAGUCUUCUCACUGCCCUCCAUGCGGCCUCGGGGCGAUGGGAGCCGCGCUACAGUCGUGGGCGGCAAGGCUCCCACAGGGCGGUCGUGCCCACUUCCGCUUGCGUCCCGCGUCCGUCUUCGAGCCUUAAAAUCCCCUUAGCGUUCCCUUCGUUUUCUGCAGCGUCUUCGCCUGCUGCGGCGCUGCCGUUCAGCGCACCGCCACGCUCGUCUUUCCGCCGGCCUCACCAGCACAGACUGCGCCGUCAUUCGCCUGCACAAGACGAUGUCCCUGAGCUCCGGUACCCUCUGCUUGCCAGUCUCCUGCCUUCCUCUAUCUUUCCGCGCGCCGCAGCGUUUCUCGAUCUCUCGCGAUUCCACGCGCCCAUAGGCUACUGGCUGCUCUUCUGGCCCUGCGCCCACAGCGCUGCCCUCGCCGCGCCGGCGAGCGUCUACUCCCCGACGUAUGCGCUGGCGAGCUCGGCUUAUAGUCGGGCGCAGGAGGACGGUACGACGGUCCAGCAGCUGCUGCAAGCGUCUUUCAGGCAGGCGCCAGGCAGCGCUGCUGAGGCACCCCCGGCAGGCGAGGAGUCUGCGUUGGAGUCCGCCUCCCAGAUCUCGUCCUCUUCUCUUCCCUCCGGAGGAGCUGGCCGCUUGCAGUUGAGCGGCGAGGAGUUGGUUGCUCCUCAAUUCACGGCGCUGGUGCCGCUAGACGCCCUCUGGCUCGACACAGCCAAGUGGGUAGGAUUAUGCUGGGUCGGCGCCGUUCUCAUGCGCUCUGCGGGCUGUAUUGUCAACGACUUGCUGGAUCGGAAGUUGGAUGCCCGCGUCGAGCGAACGCGGAGCCGUCCGUUGCCGAGCGGACGUCUGUCUCCCCAAGCUGCGCUCGCGUCGCUGUCGGUGCAUUUGGGGCUUUCGCUCGCGCUGCUCCUGCAGUUCAACCCCGCCACGGUGGUGACGGCGCUCGCGUCGGUUGGCCUCGUCGCCGUUUAUCCUCUGAUGAAGCGAGUGACGCACUGGCCGCAGCUGGUGCUCGGCCUCACGUUCAACUGGGGUGCUCUGGUAGGCUGGACUGCGGUCACCGGACAGUUGGGGCUGCCCGAGGCGAGCGGCGCUGCCUCGCAGGGGGCGUCUGCUGGGCACUUCUCAGCGCUCAGCAGCGACUGCGCGGGUGCCCAGAGCAGCUCUGACGGCUGCAGCGGCUCUGGGGACUCUUCCGCGUUCGGGGGUCUGGGCAAGGGUGUUGCACCGAGUUUGGCGGCGAUGUCGUCCUUCUGCUCCCUCGGCCUCACGCCGCUCUUUCUCUAUGCGUCUGGCAUCUUUUGGACGCUCACCUACGACACGAUCUACGCGCACCAGGACAAGCGGGACGACCGACGAGUCGGGAUCAAAUCCACUGCUCUCUUGUUCGGAAGUCGUACGCCGCUGUGGACUGCUGGCUUUUCCGCGGCCUACGCAGCUUGCCUUCUCGGCGCGGGCUUGAGUUCGCAGAUGGCUUGGCCCUACUACGCGAGCACGGCUCUCUGUUGCCUCCAGCUUCUGGUUCAAAGCACCACGACGAAUCUCAACGACCCUAAGGCAUGCAGCGAUGCCUUCAAAAGAAACCAGUGGGUAGGUGCGACUCUGUUUGUUGGCAUUCUAGCUAGUAAACUAGUUGAGAAUUCUCGAAAGCAGUCUACAGAGGGACUCGAGAAAGAGACAUCAGACACAUGCGCGGGCAGCCUGUCAGGCCCUUGA